GCCAACAACUCCAAGUCAUCAAUCUGGUGUAAAGAUCAUCUAGCUAAAAUAAAUGUUUCUUCCACGGUCUAUGAGAAAAGAGUUUAAAGUUCAUAGCUUUCCCUUAUUCUCAUCAAAUCUUCUACCGAACCAUGCUGCAGUAGGAGAUAUAGGUGACCAUAAUCAUAUAAUGUACCAUGAUCUUGAAGGUGACCGUGAUCAUAUAAGUGACCAUGAUCAUAUUAUAUACCAUGAUUUUGAAGGUGACCGUGAUCAUAUAAGUGACCAUAAUCAUAUAAUGUACCAUGAUUUUGAAGGCGACCAUGAUCAUAUAAGUGACCAUGGUCUUAUAGGUGACCAUGAUCAUAUA